UAAAAAAUACGUGUAGUUUGACAGGUUUCACUUAUAUCGAACUUUAUUACAUUAAGAAAAAAAUUUUAAUACAGUGAAAUUCUGAUCAUUGUUAUGGAAACUGAAAGACGAUCAGAUUUAUACGAAGAAUGGAAAAGACGGGCUUUUCUUGGUCCACUCCCCCAAGGAUUUUUAAGAUUGGAAGAGCGUAAUGUACAAUUACAACAAGAAGCAGCAGAUCAACAAGCUGCACUUGCACUUCAUCAAUUGCAAAUGCAAAAUAUGCCUACUAUGCAUGAACCUCAUGUUGGCAGACUUAGUAUAACAAUUGUUCAGGCUAAACUUGUAAAAAAUUAUGGAAUGACAAGAAUGGAUCCUUAUGUGAGAUUAAGAGUAGGUCAUGCUGUAUAUGAAACACAUACAUGUUCAAAUGGAGCAAAAAAUCCACAUUGGAAUAAAGUUAUUCAAUGCUAUUUGCCACCAGGAGUCUUACAAAUCUAUAUAGAAAUUUAUGAUGAAUGUUCUUUUGUAAUGGAUGAAUUAAUUGCAUGGGGUCAUAUAGAUAUCCCAUCACAAGUUCUUCAAAAAGGAGAGACACAUGAAGAUUGGUAUAUGCUUAGUGGAAAGCAAGGAGAUAAUCAAGAGGGAAUGAUAAAUUUAGUUUUUAGUUAUACGACUAAGUGUCAGUCUUAUAUGAGUGCACCUCCGAUUAUGAUGGUUCCUUCUUCAACAAUGUUUGGUAUGACACGAUAUGCACCAGUAAAUGUUUACACAGCACCAACUACAGCUACUGUAUCAGCUGUUAUUCCCAGUUCUAUGCCAAAUGCUGAAAUUGAAUUAAAACAGAUUUCAGAAAUGUUCCCAAAUGUGGAUAAAGAAGUAAUUAAAUCAGUUUAUGAUGCAAAUAAUGGAAAAAAGGAUGUAACUAUAAAUUCAUUACUCCAAAUGUGUGAAUAAGUAAUUUUAUAUACAAAUUGCUAUUUAAUUCCAAAGGCCAUGUUUAUGUUUUCUGCUAUGUUGUACUUCUUUUGAAUUGUAAUAUAUUUGCAAGUUAUUUUCAUGCAUUUUAUUGGUAUAUUAAUGUUUAAUAUAAGAAAAUCCAUAUAAUAUAUUGGAUAAGAAAAUAUAUUUUUUAAAAAUCUUUUAAUCUUUUAUACAUUUAUUGAUUUUGUUUACAUUUGUUGUUUUUGUUAUACAUAAAAUUGUUUCUUAUAUUCUAUAUGCAUAACAUAGAAAAAUUAUUAUAUAUACAGAUAUUUUUAUUUUUAUUAAAAUUUUUUAUUAAAAAAUUUCUAUUCAUAUUAUAUGACAAUAUGAACAAAUUAAAAACAUGUAAAUUUGUAUAUUUUUAUGUUUAGAAACAUAAAAAUAUUAUAUUCAUGCACAUUUAAGCAGAAUAUAUCGACGAAUAUAAUCUAAUUUUUAUUAAAAUGCAAUAUUCGCAAAAAUGAAAUGUCGAUUUUCGGUUCUACAAUUGAAAAUUUGUAAUUUUUUUAUAAAGUGUAAAAUAUAAUAAUAAAUCUAUAAAUUGUUAUAUGCUUCAAUAAA